GCAAAUGAUCGCAGUGGUGGUACGAAAGACUAAAAUUAGUCAAUAUUGGCGAGGAUUCGCGGAGAUGAUCCUCAUCGUGUUGUGUAUGUCAUGGGAUGGAGACACUGAGCUUGAUCUCGCUGUCUUCAUCUCGAUGUUUGUGUUCGCUCUUCUCCACCCACCCUUUACGCUCCUCAGCCCUGUAGAUACGGAAUUCGAUGCCCUCAGCAUGGUUACUCUGAUUGUGGCGAGAUCCAUCAUUUUUGUUUUGUUCGUUGGACUUGGGGCAUGCAUUGUACUUCUACACCAUGGAAGAGUGCAACCUAUAUCUCAAUCCCUGGCCACCACAGACAGCCUGUGUUAGUUCAGUUCCCUCGCAAAUGUCCUUCAUGCUCUCUUUGAUCGGUCCUAAACACCCAGAGCUAUCAGAGUGGCCCACAAGCUAAUCGAGUCAGGAACCUAACUAACUGACAGCAAUUGCACGACCCAGCCCUAGAGAGAGGAUGCUAGAUAUCCCGGGGCCAAUAUUGAGGAUUACAAGUAGCUAAGUCCACGGCUUAUGCUUAAAGUAUGGAUAGAAUGAGCCGAUGCAUCGCGGUCCCUUCCGAGUGCAUAUGAGGACGAAUGGAUUGAUAUCCAUCACUACCACGUUUAUGUCGGCGCUACUCUAUCAAUUGUCGUUGAUGCAUAGUAUGUGCCUUCUUCGAUGUGCCCGAGCGACAGUAAUAUAUUAUUUUCUGGAUUAGCAGCUCCGCAAGCAGUAGAAUACUGUUCCGGAUAUUGUCCUUGACAGUGCCCCUGCUGAUAUUCCGCCUCAGCUUUCCAAUGCUACUAGCCCCAGCAUUACUACAUUACGCGAGCUUAUUACCAAGGGAACUAAAGGUUUGCAGUGGCUAGUAGUAGUCAUACACGAGAGCUACGCCCCCAAAUCCUGUCAGCAAUCAGGCCAUCCCAGGGAACCACAUAGUAUGCCUCAUUCCCACAAUAUCUCGGCAAGCCUGCCCAGAUAGAUCCUAACCAGCGCGUCUUCACCGGGCGACUACUCCGGCUCAACAUGCAUCGUCCCAUCCCACCCGUCACCAAAGGUACGCGAGCCGCUCGUUGGGCGACAAAAACCACAGCGUUACCACUUUUACUCGUACUCGAGAUAUACCACCCAGCCGAUCACAGUUUUAGCAGCCCCUCAGCUGAGGGCAGAGCUGCAGAAAGAAUGCAGCCUAAUUGUGGAGGUAACCCUCCGUCUUCAGCUGAGACAAACCCUGCCCAUAUAUCCAUCUAAUAUAGGGCCAUACGACCGGCACCAUACCUAGAAUCACACAAUUCAUCGCAGACAAAAGAACCUGCCUAGGUGGAUGAGAUCUCUCAAGAGAGCCACCAUACAGACAAAUAUAUUCAUCUAGGUAUAAAAUCACUAAUAAACAUUACCCUCAACAGCUAAAACGACAAAAGUCUGCUGACCAACAGAACAAAGAAAAAGCCAAGCCUAACUACCCUAGACUAUUAAGACUUAUUCCAAACCCUCAUAUCCGUGCCGCUCCGUCCCGAUCCCCACAAACUAUUGGCUUGGCUUGCGCCCUGUCCUUUUUUGAAAGGCUAGACCGUGCAUCCUUCACUUUGGGAUUUCCUUGCUGAUAGGUUUGAGGCGUAAGUUCUGCAUUGGUAGGAUCUAGUUCUUUGUGCUUGUAGGUGUAUAGGGGGCUUGGCCUGUGCAGAUUAAGUGGGAUGGGGGUUGUUAUUUGUGUCUUUACAGGCGAGAGAAUCAAGGUAAAUGGAGUUGAGUUCGGGAAUAUGGAAUAAUAGUGAAUAGUGAAGUGUUACACGACAUGUUC